GCAACUUGCAAGCCUCACUAAACUUGCAAAGCCCACGACUCGUAGCAACUUUAGCCAUGGCUUCCAAGCUCCAGCUCCUGCCCUCCUUCAUUGCCAUUGUGGUUCUCGCGGCGGUUAUCCACCCUUGCGCAUCCGUUGAGUUUCACCGCAAGCUCGCCAGUUGGUCUAAUGCCGGCGCGACAUGGUAUGGCGCUGCUAAUGGCGCCGGGAGUGAUGGUGGGGCGUGCGGGUACAAGGGUGCCGUCGACCAGCCACCGUUUUCGUCCAUGAUCGCCGCCGGCGGCCCUUCCCUCUACGCCUCUGGCUUGGGCUGUGGAUCUUGCUACCAGGUGAAAUGCACUGGUAACGCCGCGUGCUCGAGCAGCCCGGUGACGGUCGUCAUCACGGACCAGUGCCCCGGCGGCCCUUGCUUGGAAGAGCCGCACUUCGACCUGAGCGGGACGGCGUUCGGUGCCAUGGCGAAGCCCGGCCAGGCCGACCAGCUGCGUGCUGCCGGCGUCCUCCAAAUCCAGUUCACCCGCGUGCAGUGCAACUGGGCUGGAGUGAAGCUAACCUUCAUCGUGGACGCCGGCUCGAACCCGAACUACUUCGCCGUGCUCAUCCAGUACCAGAACGGCGACGGGGACCUCUCGGCCGUCGACCUCAUGCAGAGCGGUGCCGCGGCGGCAUGGGAGCCCAUGCAGCACUCGUGGGGCGCUGUCUGGAAGCUCAACGCCGGGUCGGCCCUGCAGUCGCCGCUCUCCCUCCGCCUCACGUCCAGCUCUGGCAAGAAGCUCGUCGCCAGCAACGUCAUCCCCCUCGGGUGGAAGGCCGGCUCUGCGUACCAGUCGGCGGUCAAUUACUAAUCCGUAUGGGUUUUCUAUAUAUACUUGUAUUGGAUUGCAUGCACGAGAUGGUGCAACAUGCAUGCAACCUAUGUACUGUGUGUGCGUGUGUGCGUGUGUUCGAUGUGUAGCGCGCAGUGCUACUAGGAAGAACUGAAAUAACGGCGGCGAGACGGCCGUUGAGGAGGAGGCGCUGCAUGGGUAUGGUUCUCCCCUGUUGGCCGUUUAGUCAAUGUUUAUGUGGACGUGUAAAACAUGUAAUGACAGCUCGGUGCACUCUAUCAGUGCCUAAUACGUUCAAUAUAUA